CGAGCUCACACUUUUCUCCGCCACGAUUGCCGCACACUCUCGUUCUUCUCCGCAUCUUCUUUGUCUCUAAUUUCCGAUGAAAGCACACAAUCUGAUUUUUCCCCGCCGGAGAAAAUGCAUAGUUCCGGCAUCCUGAAAUUCCAGGUUCCCCUAAUUCUUCUGAUUCUUUGCAAUGCAGAAGAAGCCGCAGGCAUUUUCUCGAAUUCAAUCCAUCAAUUCCCGACCCAAUCUGGAGAAGGGAAUUUCACGGUGGGAGCUCCGGUCGUGGUCGCCGGAAUCCUAUCUUUCAUAGCCGCCACAAUAUCCAGCGCCGGAGGAAUCGGCGGCGGGGGUUUAUACAUCCCGAUCCUCACAAUCGUCGCCGGAUUAGACCUAAAAACCGCAUCGGGUUUCUCGGCAUUCAUGGUAACGGGAGGAAUAGUUUCAAACGUUGUCUGUAACCUCUUUAUGCAGAGAGGGGGGAAGGUUCUCGUAGAUCUAGACAUAGCUUUGUUGUCGGAGCCGUCGAUGUUGCUGGGAGUGAGCAUUGGAGUGAUUUGCAAUGGGGUUUUCCCAGAAUGGCUCAUCACUGUUCUCUUCGCGGUGUUUCUUGUCUGGUCAACUUUCAGCACUUGCAGGUCUGGGAUUUUGUACUGGAAACUCGAGACAGAGACAAGAAAUGGGGACUCAGAAAUGGAGACUGCUUUGGUGGUGGAUAAAGAAGAGAGGUCUUGUGAAGAAGAUGGCUUGUGCUGCAGGGUGGAUGGGAGCCGCCAUGGAAUGAAGCUUGGGAUGUUACUUAUGAUCUGGUUGUGCUUCUUUGCCCUCCAUCUUUUCCGUGGGAACCGAUACGGACACGGGAUUGUUCACAUAGAAGCUUGUGGAGUGGUGUAUUGGAUCAUCUCAGCAAUUCAUAUACCUCUUGCUGUGAGUUUGACAGCAUGGAUCUUGUUUAACAACCAAAGAUGGAAGACUUCAUCUUCCCAAGACCAGGAAGAAGAGAAAGACACUAGGAAAGGACCAAACAAGUUCCUUUUCCCAGUGAUGGCCCUAAUGGCAGGGGUUUUGGGAGGAGUGUUUGGAGUUGGAGGUGGAAUGCUCAUCAGCCCCCUUCUCAUUCAACUCGGAAUACCGCCUCAAAUCACAUCAGCAACCUGCUCGUUCAUGGUGCUGUUCUCCUCCACCAUGUCAGUGGUUCAGUAUGUGCUACUGGGAAUGGACCACAUUGGAAGCGCCGUGGCCUUUGCGACCAUUUGCUUCGUCGCUUCAGUCAUUGGGCUUGUGGUAGUGCAGAGGGCCAUAGAGAGACACGGGAGAGCAUCGAUCAUUGUUUUCUCCGUGGGAACGGUUAUGGCUUUGAGUACGGUUUUGAUGACAAGUCUUGGGGCUGUUAGAGUGUGGAAGGAUUACACAAGUGGGAGAUAUAUGGGGUUCAAGCUUCCCUGCUAAAGAAAAGAGCACAGCCUCCAAAAAAAAGAAGAUGAAGAAACCCAAAUGUGUGUAAAUGUGUGGAGCUAACAGGUCUGUAUUGGGUGGGGUGUACCCCAUAUGUUCUCCAAGAAAACCAUGGAGUUCUUUGAAAUAUUUAGGAUAAAUGAGCAAUAGACUGAUGGUUUUGUUAGGUUCAACUGUCUGUACUUUGUAGUUAUCUUUGCUACAGUUAGGACACCUAUUGAAAAAACAAAUUUUAAGAAAGGAGAUAAAUUUUU